AUGGUGUCGGCAUCUCCGCCGCAGCGCGACCGCGGCUCGCCCCCAACGCCACCGCUGCCCGGGCUGCAAGACGUCGAUGCCCCAGCCGCCGGCACCGUCCAGGCCCUGCGGCAGACAGUCGAGGCGCAGGAGGCCCAUGUUCGUCUCCUGCGCGCGCGCCAAGCAGCGAGAGAGGCGCUGCUGAGCCACACUCGGCGAUUGCUGGCGGCCGGUGACUCAAUGGAAUCGCAUGGCUCGGUGGAGCAACUCGUGCGUCAGGUAGAGUCGAGUCUCCAGAAACUUCAACAGGACGGCAGUGAGGCCGCUGCGCCGGCAGCGGCCACGGGAGACGAUGUGGCGCCGACUUCCGCGCCGUCACUGACACCCAGGAAUGCCGCUGAAGAUGCCGACGCUAGCGCAGAUCCACUGGCUCGCAUCUUCCACAGUGGCGUGGAGGCGCAGCUGGCUGCGGUCGCCGAGCCAUCGCACACCCCUCCGGCGUCGACGCUCGCACCGCGCUCAUCGACGGGGAAGAAAAAGGCGGCUGGGGAAUCCGGCUUAACGAACGCCGCGAGCACCACCUCCCCGCCACCAGGUGUGUCGUUCCCGCCGAGAAGUGCUGCGAUGACCGCCCUUCUCGCCCUGUCCGCAUCGCGGCAGGAGGCCGGCCGCACUGCGAUGCUCGCUGCCCUCAGCGCCCUCGAGCUUUCUCUCAUGAGCAACAGCGGCGCGACUGAGGCGGGCCGAGACGUCCACAGCGCAGAGCCAGCCUGGCUGCGUCAGGAGGACGGUGACGGUGCCAACGACGACGGCGCAGCGCCUGAGGCGCAGCAGCCAGAGAAGGAUGGAAAGCGCGGCGAUAUCGCCUCCCCUGAUUACAGUGACGACUUUGAGUGCCGCAGCAGCACCAGCAGCGGUGCCGAUGAUUGA